CUUCAACCUUCCUCUUGAUGCUGAGCGAAUUACCGAGGCCCUGGAGCUUACAAUGGAAUUCAUAGAUAAAAUGUUAAAGAAUGACAAUAUAAAAAAAGAAAUCGCAUACCUGUCCCUAGCCCCAACCGCAAGAAGAAUAAGCCCGCCCCCAGUACCUUCUAUGUUUGUUGCCCCGAGAGUUCCUCCCGUGAAGCUCUGCCGGAAAAAACCUGCCGUGGCAGGAAAUACGGAACUUGGUUUUGGAGUUGGAAAUGUUGACCUAGAGCCCCUCCUCCAAAAGUUUGCUGCUAAUAAAUCGGAAUCGAAUGAAUUGGAUCGGAAAAAAGAAACCCGAAACUCACCCAUAAGGCUGGAAGACAUUGGUAAUGAUGAAAUCGAUGACGAAAGUGAUCGUAAAAUGUUGGUUAGUGAUGAUGAUAGUCAUGAAAAAUUGAAUA